UUUUUUUUUCUCAAACCCCAAAAAUUGCCCUAUGUUUUCCAAUUUUUUACCUUUCGAACGCUAAGGUCACUCUCACACCGAAAAUUUCUGAAAUGUAGGUAAAAAUAGCGGUGUUUGCAAGCCUGCAAAAGUGAUAGCUGAUAAAGCAUCAUGGCACCAAACCCCAGAGUUGUGCAAGCCUUCCGCACGAUGAAGGAAAUAGGAAUUAGCGAGGAAAAAGUGAAACCAGUAUUGAAGAAGCUUCUAAAGCUGUAUGAAAAUUGGGAGCUAAUUGAAUCAGAGAAUUAUAGAGUUCUUGCUGAUGCUAUCUUUGAGGAGGAGGACAGCAAGGUGUCAGAACCUAAAAAAAGCACUGCACAUGAUCAGGAGGACAUUGACGAAGAAGGUUCCACACCUGUUGAGCUUGUUCGCCCCUUAAAAAGAGCACGAUUGAAAAACCAAGAAGGGCUGGCCACUUGUUCUCAUACAAAUGGAAGCUCUAAUGUUGCUGGAACUCUUUUAAAAGAGCCUAAAGUUGAGGAGAAUGAAAUACCUCCUGCUUCUUUACAACACCGGUCACUUCAGUCCAAUGUUGGAAAUAUAAGGACAGAAAUCCUGCCUGCUUCACCUGGUCCUGUUUGCCCUCAGCCUCCCUCUCAUGCUCCUGUUUCACCCCAUCAUAGUGGUAGGGAUAAAGGAAAGCAGAUUGUAGAACCUAGGCCUAACUACAAAGGAAAGGAACCUAUGUCACCUCAUGUUGCUUCCAAGGGAAAAGGCCCUGAGAGAGCAUCUGUUGCCUUGCGUAUUAAAGAUCCAGCUCCUGAGCCUGGUAUUAUUCCUAACAAUAGGGUCUCUGCUACUCAGGCACUAAUUAUACCCAAGGAAGAGCCCUUUACUGAUGACAUGCCACAGGAUGAGGUUCCUCUUGCAGUUAUUCAGCCAGAUUCAUUAAGCGGAAGAGAUUUGCCAAUUGGGGAUUUUUCAACUGAAAAAUCAAAUUGGCUGGAACCUCCAGAAUCCUUGCAUGCAGCUGAAAUUGCAGGUUCUAGUGCUUCAGCUUCAGGAAGUGAGAGACAUACCAGCUGCGAGCAUGCUACUGUUCCUGAUGAAAUUCCUUCUAUCCUAGAGAUUGCCUCAUCACAAUUGGGAGAGGUGACGAUUUCUCUAAGUUACAAUUCUGCUCUUGGGCCAAAUUUCCAAUUGCCUAGUAUAGAUGAACUAAGAGGACUGAUGGAGCUGAGAUGUCUCCAGUCUUAUAAACUCAUUGACCCAAAUUUUGAUGUUAUCAAAAUUCUGACUGAUAUGUGUGAGUGCAUCUCGGAAUUGGCAACUAAUUCUUCUAAUCAAUCGCAGGAAGGUAAUGAGAUGCCAGCUCUUGACGUAUUGAAGAAAUCUCCUUCAAGAGGUGAUGCUGAGAAAAAUAAGGAAAAUGGUUGUUGUGAGGCAGCUAUGAUGUUAAAUGAAUCUUUCGAUAAUCACUGCUCUGGUAAUGGAUUUGUUGACAAUGUUGGGAGGAAGGAAUUGGUGGUUGCUCCACAGCAUCAUCUUACAUCUAAUGAAUUAAGGCGUGUUCUUGAUGCAAGUGACAUAACCAAGGGAGAAGAAAAUUUUGAAAUUUCAUGGGUAAAUGAAAUUAAUAAAGAGUUUCCUACACCGUUUCAAUAUAUAUCAGACAAUUUGGUAUUUCAAAAUGCCCAUGUUAGUUUUUCUCUUUCUCGGAUUGGAGAUGAAAGAUGUUGUCCUACAUGUCUCGGGGAUUGUCUCUUCUCCCAGAAGCCUUGUGUAUGUGCUUGUCAAGCUGGGGGAAAAUUUGCUUAUACCCCGGAAGGUGUUAUUAAGGAAGACUUCUUAGAAGAGUGUAUCUCUAUGACUCGUGAUCCUCAAAAACAAUGUCUUCUUAAUUGCACAGAGUGCCCUCUUGAGAGAUCAAAAGCGGAUGACUUUCCGGAGCCUUGUAAGGGUCACUUACAGAGAAAAGUAAUCAAAGAGUGUUGGAUCAAAUGUGGGUGCAAUAAGCAGUGUGGCAAUCGGGUGGUGCAGAGAGGUGUAAAUUAUAAAUUGCAGGUGUUUCUGACACCUGAUGGAAAAGGUUGGGGCCUGAGAACUCUCGAGAAUCUCCCCAAAGGAGCUUUUGUUUGUGAGUUUGUUGGAGAAAUACUCACCAUCCCUGAGUUUUAUGCAAGGAACAGGGAGAAACAUACAUCUCCAGUCCUGCUGGAUGCUUACUGGGGGUUGAAGGGAGUUCCUAAGGAUGAAGAGGCCCUCUGCUUGGAUGCAACAUGUUAUGGAAAUGUUGCUAGGUUUAUCAAUCAUAGAUGUUUAGAUGCGAACUUGAUUGAGAUUCCUGUUGAAGUGGAGACUCCAGAUCUUCAUUACUAUCAUCUAGCCUUCUUUACAACAAGAGAGGUUCAUGCGCUUGAAGAGCUGACUUGGGACUAUGGUAUCGACUUUGAUGAUCUCGACCAUCAUGUUAAGACAUUCCAGUGCAGAUGUGGCAGUAAAUUUUGCCGGAACAUGAAACGUUCAAUUAGGUCCAAGUCUGCGACGAGAUGAGCUGAUUUUUGGUCUGGAAAUGUUUUGCCAUCGUCGGUUUACAAUGCCCCCAAAAAAAAAACCCUCUGAUUAAUUUGGCGAAAAAUAUAUAUACCAAACUGCUUUGUUUUUAAACGGUUAAACUGAUUGCAGCUUCAUGUAGUCAUUAGUUCAUUCUCCA